AUGAGAUUUAACUCAGUUUUAUUGCUUUCCUUUGGUCCGCCUUUAUCCCUAGAAAUAUCCCUGGGUUUAAUUAUCAGUUCAAUUCAAGAGUUCAAACAGUUUACAUCUAGGUUGUCAAAAAUGGAGACAAAUAAUGAAAAGUUAAGCAUUGAAGAACUUCCAGAGGAAAUCAUUGAAAAAAUUCUAAGCUAUCUAAAUGUAAAAUCAUUAAAAACUGCUGCACUUACAUGUGAAAGAUGGAAUAGAAUAUCCGCCGAAAUGCGAUGGGAAUUGAAGUUGAAAUUCGAAGACAAAAACGAAAUUGAAGAAGAGCCUUGGAUAGAGACGCUCUUAGAAAGUAAUAGAAAUUUCAAGUCCAUCCAAUGUGAAGGAUUUAUUGAGAAGAGAAACGUUCGACUGAUGGACAUUUUUGAAAAACAUGGCGGCAAUGUUCAGAAAUUAGUUAUGGUUGAUUGUGAAUUCGACAAUUUCCAAAUAUUCUGUGAUGUAUUGAAUUUCAUGCCGAAUUUAAAAGAAGUUACCUUUCGAUAUUCAGACACUCGAGGUAGAUUCGUCAACAAUUUUUCCGAAGAUCAUUUGCCUCAUCUUCCGAAAUUGGAAACAUUAAAGUUAGUUGUGAGUGAUUUGGAAUUGAUAAAGUAUUUCAAAAAUACCAAACUCAAUUCAUUUGAAAUAUUUGAUGAUAAUAUGAAACGAAGACAAGAAGAUGUCAUUAUUCUUUUGGACUUUCUAACUCAUCAAAAGAAUUUGAAAUGUCUCAAGUUAGAAUACAUUUCUUCAAGUUUCUUUUCUGAAUUCUUCGAAACUAUUGCUACUGAAAAUUUUCCUUAUAAAUUGAAGGAACUGUCGUUGUCUCCUUUCUACAUCUGGAGAACGUUUAACCACUCUAACUUCUCUAAUUUUCUGGAAUUCCAUUCGGAUACGGUUGAAAAAUUGAGACUUCGUAAGAAUUUGCCCGAUUUAAUCGUUAGAUUUAGUUUUUCCAAAUUCAAAAGACUUGCUGCAUUGACAUUCUUUGAUGAUUUGAUUUUGAGAUUUCCCAAUGAUCUGUCUCGACUUGAGAUUAAUCCAAAUAUUAAAAUACUCAAUAUUCCUCGCCUUAAACUAAUAGGAGUGAAAGAAGAUGCUCUAAAAGAAUUUUUAAAGCACGUUCCUAACGUUGAAAUGUUGAGAACGAGUGGAUCUAUCAAUUUGCAUGUAGUUUCGAAUGCAUUAACAUGUUUGACGCAUUUAGAACUUUGUGAAAUGUUUCCAUACUUAGACCAGAUGAAAUCGCAAAGCUUACGAUCAAUUACCAUUGAUUGGUUGAUUUUUAUCCCUGACUGGAAAAAAUUUGCAGCUAGCAAUCCGAAUGUAAAGAAAAUGAAAAUUAAAUAUGCGCAUGGAAAUUUUAACAUUGUAAGGUUUCUGACAAACAUGAAACUGCAACACUUGGAAUUACCAAAGAUCAAAGUCGACGUCAAUGUUUGCAAAGCCUUGCAUGAGAACACUCAAGAUAUGAAAUCGUUGAGUAUUCAUAAAGCAAGUUUUGUGAAUUGCCAAGAAAAUCUUUCCGAUGUCAAAUGCCUUCGAUUUCAUGAUGAUUAUGAAAUUUAUGACGAUGACAAAAUUUGGUAUGAUAUUUAG